AGUCGCACCUCCUCGAGUUUUCUGACGUCCAAGGAUAUAUGCGUGUUUAAACAACCUGAUCACGUCUACACACACACACACGGUCGUACACUCACAGAUACAUACAGUCAUGACAAUCAGUUCAACUAGAAGCAAGUCCAGGUAACCAGCAGUAGCACCAGCAGGACAAGAGGUAACCACAUCAUCUUCAGGUAACCCAGACCAGCAGGUGUGGUAGAGGCUGGCAGAGGGCGUCGUGGUCUGUGUUUGGCUGAGGUCUACCACCGAGGACGUGCCCAGUGUGUACCUACCUCUCAGCCUGCCUGCACGUCUGUCGUCAUGUAGCUGCCGCAUCUCACGAGUCUUCAUCACCAGGAGGUAUAGAAUAUCAGGUUGUGGCGUUGGUCCAGCCUCUAGUGCAGGGCGGUGACAACAGUGAUACAGUUGUAGUCCUCAUAGUGUGUGCGUCAAGCUGAGGUGACCAAUACAGUACAUCAUUGACGAAGGGAGAAGUAACAAUAGAGAUUUAUUUCUAGUAGAUCAUAACGCAAGUUUGUGACAGUGAAGGGAAUAGUUACCAUGUUACAGUGUCCAUAACAGUGAACAGUGUCUUAGGCAGGGGAGGGGGGGGGGAAAAUCGCCUUUGUAAUAUUUGCCAAAGUGAUGUGAUGAAAAUAAUGUAAAUAGUGACGCGCAGUUACCAGUGACACGGGCAUGAAUCUGACCCCAAGUUUAUAAGACAUUGAAGGUAAUAUCCUGGAAUAUAAACAAUGCGACUGAUUCUACCACACCGAGGGGUACUGUGGGUGAUGAUGAUGACGGUGUGGAUGAUGGUGGGCGUGUGUGAAGCAGGUGUGGGCGUGUGGAUGGAUGACGGUAACGGGCGGACGGUGUUAGCUGACAACUUAGGAUCAGAAGAGGCGGCUGAGUUGGCCCGGGACAUUCUGGACGUGUUGGACUUGCCCGCCCCACCAUUAGUAAGGGAAGGGCGACACCACCACCACAUUCACCUGCACCGCGCCCACGGCUCAGCACCCACCUGGCUCAAGAGUGUGUACGACACCCUGGACGAACAUGGGCACGCUAACUCAGCCCAUAUGGACGCCACUCACCGGGAGACUGUUACUGCUGCCGACACCAUCAUCACCUUCGUCAGUAGAGAUCCACCACACGGUAGACCUCACCACGGGGCCAACAAGAGGCUAUACUUCGACGUGAGAGAUGUACCUCUGGACCACUCACUGCUUGGGGCUGAGAUACAGAUCUAUCGUUUUGAGGGCCACGAUGAACCACUCAGUCUUCACGUGUAUAUGAUUAAUGAUGACGAAGAGAGUGAGUCGGAGGUGGCUCGGGUGACGCUGAGGGAGCCAGGCUGGGUGAGCAUUAACGUUACGGCUCCUGUACUGUCAUGGCUCAUCUUCCCCAACACAAACUUUGGUCUUCGUCUUGCUGUUACCUCCCUUGAUCGACGCCAUGAGCGGCGGUUCCAUGAGGUGGGAGUGUCAGGAGCCAAGGAUCAGGAGGACUACAGACCCUUCAUGGUAGGAUUCUUCGCCCUCCCAUCCUCCUCCUACAAGAAGAAAAGGAUUCGUACUGCCAGGUCCGCCUCCGCCCCACCCCCACCACCCAGGAGCAGAUUACGGACGUAUCGAGAUAUCACCGACAGGCCGAUUGGGUCAGACACACUAUGCAAGAUGAAACACCUCCACGUCUCCUUCAGGGACUUAGGCUGGGAGAACUGGGUCAUCGCUCCUGAAGGAUACGACGCUAACUACUGCGAGGGUCAUUGUGUAUUCCCCCUGCAGGCUGAACUCAACGCCACUAACCACGCCCUCGUACAGACUCUGGUGAAGGUAAUUGAUGAAGUAUCUGAUGACCACGAGGUGCCCCCCAACGCCUGCUGUGCCCCCAUAGACCUGGCCACCAUCCCAGUCCUCUACUACUCGUAUGAAAACAACAUCGUGCUGAAGAAGUAUCCCAAGAUGAUCGUCAAGACUUGUGGCUGUCUUUGAGGACCUAAGAAACACACGUAAACAACCAACAAGUAUCGCCUGGCGUUUGAUUGCCACUGAAUAUUGUAUAAAUCUACCGCCAGAUCAAUCAAGUAUCGCCUGGCGUUUGAUUGCCACUGAAUAUUGUAUAAAUCUACCGCCAGAUCAAUCAAGUAUCGCCUGGCGUUUGAUUGCCACUGAAUAUCUAUCGUUUAUCUCUGCCACCAAAUCAAUCAAACAAGUAUUGCCUGGCGUUUGAUUGCCACUGAAUAUUGUAUAAAUCUACCGCCAGAUCAAUCAAGUAUCGCCUGGCGUUUGAUUGCCACUGAAUAUCGUAUAAAUCUACUGCCAGAUCAAUCAAUCAUCGCCUGGCGUUUGAUUUAUCUCCUAGGACGGUAUAAAAUAUCUCUUUAACACGAGCAAUUAAUAACUCUUUGCCUUCACCUCUUCGUCUGGCUAUACUUACACGCCAGGCGGACACUCGCUCGCCUUUCUGCUACCAUUGGAACUUGUAAAUGAGAAGAACGAAACUGAACCUUGUGAUUGCCUUCUCAAGUAACAACAAUUAACUGGAUACCAUUCCUUGAGACCCUGAGAGAGAGAGAAUGGGGGGAGGGGGGGGGCUUUUAAUAUAAACUCAACGCCUUAAUAUGAACCAAGUUAAUUAAAUCUCUCGUGUUUAAUAUAAGGGCCGUGAAAUAACAGGAUUUGGUGAUAUUAGUCAGGAGAGUGUCCGAAUGUUUGAUGUGUAAUAAGGUACCGAUUUUAACGCCAAUAUUUUGAAGGAUAUCUAUACUUAUAAACAAGGCGGUAUUAUUAUUAUUAUUAUUAGUAGUAGUAGUAGUAGUAGUAUUUGUUUUUAUUAUUUUGAUCCGAUUUUCACAGACCAAUCAGAAUAGAGUAUUAUAAAAGACAUAACUACUAGGGACCAAUCACAACCUUUCAUUUUUAUUGCUCGGUAUAUUUUUGUUGUAUUCUUGUAUUCAGUAUAAUUAAGUAUUUUUUAAAGUUUAUGUGAUACUGAUUUGAGAUGUAUUAAUGGUAUGAAUAUAAUCCACGUGUUAAU